AUGAGCUUUCUGGCCAAGCUGUCACAGUUGAAGAAAAGCACGACUAGCAGUACAGACACCGGUUCUGGCUCGAAGGCCACGAAAAAGGAGGACAACCCAUCGCUAGACUUUAAAAGCCCUAUUCUGCCAGAGUACUAUGUUAGGAAGGAAGAUCCGGCUAUCCGGCGGCUGAAGGAGAAACGGCGGCAGGAGCAGCUGCGCAAGGGUACGUUGAAGAAGGCUAGCAGUCAGCGGCGGAGUAAGGCCAACGGCGGCGAGGUGGCGAGCGGCGGCGUGAGGCAGGAAGGGAGCACGAGGUGGAAGCUACCGCGGCCGAAGAGCACGGUGGUGGCUGCUGCCGCACCUGCGCCUCCGCUGAAAAAGCUGAGCUUUGAAGAGCUGAUGAAACAGGCGGAAGAAAAAGCGAAGUCCCCUGCUGCGAGCGGCAAGCGCACGGCGCCAGCCGGGCCAUCGGCGCCAGCAGUCAGCAAGCCUGGCUUUAAGCCGCGGUCCAAUUCUGGCGCGGCAGUUGUAGGCGGCAAGGUAGCGGGUGCAGAUAAGGGAGCACGCAAUGGCGGCGCUGACCGGACAGCACACGCGCCUAACUCGGCACGUGGCAUGAAGGCCAAACAGGCUAUUGCGAUAGACUUACCAUCGGGCGGCGGGCUUGCGAAGCCCAAUGAAAAGCUGCGGAGGAUUCUGGAAAAGCAAGAGCGCAGGAAACGGUCUGCUGGUGAGUACGAGGAGGAUGACUCCGAUCUCGAUGACUUCAUCGCCGAUGACGAUGGCGAAGAAGAAGGUGGCAGCUAUGGUUAUGACAAAGAAGAGAUUUGGUCAAUAUUCAACAAGGGACGCCGGCGACUCUACCAGGAGGAUGAUGACAACGACUUUGACGAUGACAUGGAGGCCAAUGAAAUGGAGAUCUUGGAAGAGGAGGACUAUUCAAGUAAAAUGGCACGGCGGGAAGAUAAGAUGGAAGAGGAGUGGAUACGAAAGUACGAGCGUGAGAAGAAGAAGAGAAAGAGAGGCGCAUAA